GCCACCGGCCCGUCAAACUUUUGCUAUGGCGGGCCAUGGCGGGGCUGAGACGGUGCUGUUUAAACGCGGCGCCGGGCAGAGCGACGAUUCGGACAUCUGGGAUGACACCGCCCUGAUAAAGGCGUACGAUAGAGCGGUGGCGUCAUUUAAGAAUGCUCUAAAGAAUGGUGAGUGUUCGGAGCCUUCAGACAAACAAGAACAAUGCUCAGGGACAAAGAGAAAAAAUAAUAAAAAGAACAGAAGUAGGAAGAAAAGCAAUGCAGCACCAUUGAAGCAGUGGAGAGUUGGUGAUGCCUGUAGUGCAGUUUGGUCUGAGGAUGGUAAUGUGUACCUGGCAACUAUUGCCUCGAUCAAUCAGAAGAGAGGAACCUGUGUUGCUGUUUACACUGGGUACGGAAAUAGGGAAGAGCACAAUCUAUCUGAUCUGCUUCUUCCCAACACAGUUGAAAAAGAAAACGAGGAGCAGAAUGCCGGGGAGAAUGAAAAUGAAACUCAGUAUUCAACAGAUGAAAGUGAAAAGUCCUCCCAGUCCCCUGGAAACAAAUACAACUCUACAAAAUUAAAAUCCUCUCACUGGAACUCCCAUUUUCCACCUCCUCCACCACCAGGCCUGGGAAGGCCUGGACCAAAAUUUAGUGGACCACCACCCUUCUUAUCAAGCUGCCUCCCACCAUUCCCAACAGGACCACCGUUGAUUCCUCCACCACCACCCAUGGGUCCAGAUUCUCCUGAAGAUGAGGAAGCUUUGGGAAGUAUGUUAAUAGCCUGGUAUAUGAGUGGUUAUCACACCGGCUACUAUCUGGGUUUAAAACAGAGCCGAAUGGAAGCUGCCUUGGAGAGAUGUCCUCACCCUAAAUAAUAGAAUAUCACUUACUAUCUUGAGCAAUUCCAGGUACAAAUAUCCCUGGGAGAGAUGUCACUUGUACAUUGGCUGAUAUGAAGAUCUGAUUUUUUUUAAAAUCACGAAGACUAAGUGGGCUUAACUUAACCCUUGCAUUUUAAUAGUGAACUGAAUGAAUUAGUGCAACACCAGACUUAAGAAUGUAUGAAUGAUUAUUUUGCUACUUUAAAGGCAACCAGCCUUUAAAGCACUGCAGCAAUAAAAUGACACCUGCCCAAUUAAAAGCUAAUAUUAUGGAUUUUAAAAAUACUGUACAGAUCCCUUUCGAAACAAGUGAUUGUUAUAUACAUGCUGAUCUCUCUGCAUUGUUGUAUCAUCUUACAUUUUUAAAUUUGUAAUUUGAACUAUAAUCCAAGUAAUUUUGAUCAGAAGUUAGAAGUACAAAAUAUUUAACCUAGAUACAAAUAGGCAGUGAUGUAUGUAAUUGUGACUGUUGGUGGGAGUUAGACAUAUAGAAAAUGUUAAACAUGUUAAAUAUCCUAUGAGUAGGAUCAGAACCUUGAACAUAAAGCAGAUGAGCUGGGGAAGGCUCAUUUAUGAGUUGUUAUACUAUUUUGCAUGUUUGUAAAUAAAAUUUACUCAAACUUUGAA